CGGCGGAGGAAGCUUUAAAGCGGUUUUGCUGUGGGAAAUGGACGCGCCCGCCGCCUACCGGCGAGGUGGACCACCGACACGAGCUCUGCAAUGUUCUUGGCAGAAAACCCAGAGCUUUGGUUUGGCUGGGUGGAGGAGACCAGCCCCUCUGGCGUCAUCCAGCCAUUCCUCACAAGUCUUCACUUUCCAUGCUAUGCCAUGGAAAACGUAAGGAAACAAGCUCAUCAAUGAACACUUGAUUUAUAUUGUACCGCCACGAAUCAGGCUUAUAGGCUGACCUCAAGGAAUGCAGACCGACAAACUCGCAGAAGAUGUGGAGGGAAAUCCUGACAGGGUGGAUCCCUACCACCAGCAAGGCAAAGUGGCUUGUGCCAUGUUCACAGUUCUCCUCCUCUUUUCAUUCUUGGUAAUAGGAAUCGUAACGGGUUUCAACUUCAAGAAGAGUCCACAAGAGGAUCAGAACAGAGGUCUUCUUUCUGAUGACAUCACGCCAAUCCCGUUCCAGUAUAAAAGUGAUAAAGGUCUCUGCUCAGAUGGUUGGCUUUUAUAUAAGAACACCUGUUAUUUGUUAGAGAAUGUUUAUGGGACAUGGAAAUCCUCAAAGUCUUUAUGCCUUAGCCGUGGGGCACAUCUGAUGGUUGUGGACAGCGAGGAGGAGCUGGAGUUUAUUUCAAGAGUUGUUCAGAAAUGGACUGACUACUGGAUAGGUCUCAAGAGGGACAAAAUGGGCAAAUGGUUCUGGGUUAAUGGAGAUGAUUAUCAUUCAAAUCUACAUUUCUGGGAUGAAAAUCAGCCUGCUCAUGGUGGUAUGGAGUCCUGUGUCUACUUAAAAGGAUCUGACACAGUGAAUCGGAAGCUGUUUCAUGAUUCUGACUGCAGCAGUCAGCGUUUUCACAUUUGUGAACACCAAAUAUAAACUGCGUAGAAGGAAACGUUUCCUAGUUACCUGUUUUCCAAAAAUCCUGCUCUGGAUAAACCCCUUCUGAUUUUUUGUUAAAUCUUUAUACAUGUCUGCUUUUGGGAUUUAAGCUGUACAUGCUUGACUGGUGCACCUGUACUUGAGCUUUUUACAUUUGUUUGAGUUUCAAGACCUGUUAUAUGAACAUAACCUGUUGAGUAAAAUAUUUACUAAAAUUCUUAUUUUGUUCAUCUUAUCUUUAAAGCAAUUGUCUGUUACAUAAUUAUUAUAUUAUUAUAAUUUUAUAAGUUUAUGUACAAACACUUGAGUACAGUAUCACAAAUAUAAUUUCAGUUUACAAUUGUUGUAAUAAAAUGAAGUGUGAUCUUAAUAAAAAAAAAGAAAAGGAUUUGACAAACA